AUGAUAGAUUUUAGUUCAUAUUCAAAAAUAAAGAUUCAAAUUAUUAAGAUUAAAAUUACGAUGAGAAUAUAGAUUACAAUGAAAAAUGAAUCCAACGAUGUGUAAAAAGAUGAAAGCGAUUAGGAUAAACAAUAAUAAUAAUAAAAGUAUGAUCAUCAGAAGAUGAAGUUUUCAAUAAUUAUGUUGCUAUACAAUUGA